AAUAUGCGGUAACGGGACGUGGGAUAUUCUGUUAGCGUGUCAAACACUGAUGGGCUGUGGUGUGUGGCUGCCCAGGAAGGGCAGGCAUUGCGGCGGCUCGGCGCUGCUAGGAUCCAACUACUGCGGGAAUCAUCAGCCGUCGCAAUCCAGGGUUCCAUGCCCGAUCGAUCCCUCACACACGGUUCUAGAGCACAAGAUCGCUGCGCAUCUGCGCAAAUGCCCCGCUGCCAAGCUCGAGCGCGAUGCCAAGAAUCGCCCCUAUUUCAGUCCUGGCGUCAAUGCUGGAAGCGAUUGCGAUUGCGAGGAGGAAGGGAAGGACAGUGUGGAAUCUGGCAGCAGGAGAGCGGCGGUCGAGUCGCUACCAAAGAACAAAUUCGAGGAGCUCGUGAUGAAGAUCGAGGUUGCUCACAGCAGCUGCUUUAGAUCGGAGAGAGGGACUGGCGUGUCGCUACUCCAGGAAAGCUUUGCGACGCCAUCAGCCUGUGCAAAGUGGCUGUGCUCGAACGUCGACAGGAGGCACCCUAUGCAGGAAAAGCAUAUCUCUCAGCAGGCUUCGAUGCUUGGAAACUUGGAAGAGAUCGGCUUGCUCAGGCGAAGAAAUGACGAAAGUUUUGGCGAUACUGAUCGUGGAAGGAAUGAGGAGUGCUUUAUCGAGUUUGGUGCCGGAAGAGGAUACUUGUCACACAUGCUCUCCGAUUGCUAUGCUGCGGACAACGUCAUCUUGGUCGAACGAAGAUCUUACAAAUUCAAGGCCGAUCGAACUCUUCGCUACGCAGCUGGCGUGUCUUUGUCGCGGCUUAGAGUAGACAUUGAAGAUCUUAAGCUGGAUGCUGUGGACGCUCUCCAGGGCUGCAAGAAGGUUGUGGCCGUAGGGAAGCACCUUUGUGGAGCAGCGACAGAUAUGGCACUUCGAUGUUGUUCACAGUCAAGCGUGGUUUUUGGAAUUGGUUUUGCAACGUGCUGCCAUCAUCUUUGCCAGUGGAAGGCGUAUGUGAACAAAGAGUUUUUUCAAAGCAUGGGGCUUACAAAGACCGAUUUUGAGGCUCUGGUUUGGAUGACAAGCUGGGCAUUGAGUGGAAACUGCGAUGAGAAGGCGGAGGUGGGAAUGAAGUGCAAGGAGCUUCUUGACAUGGGCAGGCUCUUGUGGCUGCAAAGGACAGGGAUGAGUACGAAGAUGGUGAAGUAUAUUUCUCCUCAAGUAUCUCCGGAGAACAAGUUCCUCAUGGCCACGAAAAGAUCCAACGAGCUUUAAGUUCCAAGUAUUGUCUAGCAGCUUUAUGUGAAUCGUCCUCACUGCAUUGUUUGGGACUGUGAAGAGAAGCUUGGUUCCUCCCCACAGCUCGAAGCACCAAGUUUCCAGCAAGUUGCUUAGUCUAUAUCUCUGUUGAAACGACGUGUUUUUAUGUG